AUGGAACAAGAUGUUAUAAAUUUGAAAAACCAUACUACUCAAUAUAAAGUACUGAAAGAUGAAGAAAUAAAACAAAAAGCCCUGAAGACAUAUAUGGAUAGCGAUGAGUAUAAAAAAGAAGUUGAAGCAAAUGUAAAGGCAGAAAAACUUUUACAGUUGCAAAACCAAACCGUACAGUAUGAAAACUUAGCACAAGAAAGUAAAAAUAACGACGCAGCCAUGCAAAAGGCAAUGAAAAGCGCAGAAUAUAUAAAAGCUAAUAAUGACUGGUUAGAUGCCCAAGCCAACGCUAAAGCAGCCCAACUUAUAGGGUCAAUAAGGACAAAAAUACAAGCGGAUGAAGACAGUUCAAAUGAAGCUUUAAUGAAUGCUGACUUUAAGAAUGCCUUCGAAGCUCUUCAUAGUAAGGUGAAACUAGUGAACGACUUCUCAUCUGGAAAGAAACUGAAGUCUGAAGGUUUCGACAAAGAGUUAAGAGAAGUAGCACAAAAUAUGACGAAAAUAACAGAUGCAGCAACGAGACAGGCAGUUCAAAGUGCCUAUGACGCCGUUAGAGCAACUGUUGUGGAAAGUCAAGAAAAAGAGUUACAACAGACCAAAACAGACCUAGUAAAUGCUUUCUUAAAAACGAAAAGUCAGGUAGGACAUUAUGCUGCAGAUGGAACAUAUGUGCCAGCUGGUGGAACUUAUAUACCAGCUGGUGGAACUUAUAUACUAGCUAGUGGAACUUAUAUACCACCAAACCCUCCAAGAGAAGCACCUGCACCAGGACUACCUAAAACAUUUACAUCGUCACAUGGACACAGACACAGGCAUGCACCAAAACCAACACAACAACCAACAGUUCAAAAUCCAGCACCACAACAACAACCAAAACCAACAGUUCAAAAUCGAGCACCACAACAACAACCAAAACCAACAGUUCAAAAUCCAGCACAGCAACCAACAGUUCAAAACCCAGCACCACAACCAAAACCAGCACAACAACCACCUCCACAACCAGCACAACAACCAACAGUUCAAAACCCUGCACAACAACAACCACAAACAGAGCAAGGACAUAAAAGAAGUAGAGAACAAGGAAACCAAGAAUUCUUAAAAAUGCUUAAGAAAGAUUAUGGUUACCCAGAUACUCUUGACUUUAGUGACAGAUAUAAAGAAGCUAUUAGAAAGUUCAAGGAAGGAAAUACUGACCCGAACCUAUUUAGCUUUAUGGUUCAGCACCAAAUGGGAUAUAAUUUCAAACCUGGAAAAUACAAACUCGCUAAGGGAUAUGAUUUAAUAGCAUAUCAUCCAACUGACAUGAAUGAAUUUACUCCGAGAUAUUUGAUGUCAGAGCUAAAUGAUAAUUCAACUCUCUUCAUGA